AUACAGCCCAUCGUCUACGUGCAAAAAAAGCGUGCAGAGGACGGCCAGAUCUCCUACUGAAAACAAGUGGAUCUCUGUGGAUAAGAUCGCCGGGCAGCUAUGGAAGAACUUACAGCUUUUGUAUCCAAAUCUUUUGACCAGAAAAGCAAAGAGAGCAGCAGCAGCAGUAGCAGCAGCAGCAAGAAGGAGACUAUCACGUACAGGGAAGUUUUGGAGAGUGGGUUGGCUCGAUCUAGGGAGCUUGGAAACUCUGACACUAACCUGCAGGACAUUACUGAGAGCAGCAACCAUUGCCCAGUGCAUCUUUUCAAAGACCAUGUAGAGAGUGACAAGGACAAACUGAAAGAGUUCAGCACGGGCAGGACUUCGGAAGGGAUCUACGAGUGCAAAGAGAAGAGGGAAGACGUGAAGUCAGAGGAUGAAGAUGGACAGACCAAGCUCAAACAGAGGAGAAGCAGAACCAAUUUCACACUAGAGCAGCUGAAUGAGCUGGAAAGACUUUUUGAUGAGACUCACUAUCCAGAUGCCUUCAUGAGGGAGGAACUAAGCCAGAGGUUGGGACUUUCUGAAGCUAGAGUUCAGGUCUGGUUCCAAAACAGGAGAGCAAAGUGCCGAAAGCAGGAGAAUCAGAUGCAUAAAGGUGUGAUCCUGGGAACUGCCAGCCAUUUAGACGCCUGCCGAGUAGCCCCUUAUGUGAAUAUGGGAGCCCUGAGGAUGCCUUUCCAACAGGUAGUCCAAGCGCAGCUGCAGCUGGAAGGCGUGGCCCACGCCCACCCCCACCUCCACCCGCACCUGGCCGCCCACGCUCCCUACCUGAUGUUCCCCCCGCCGCCCUUCGGACUCCCCAUCGCCUCCUUGGCCGAAUCCGCCUCCGCCGCUGCGGUGGUGGCUGCUGCUGCCAAGAGCAACAGCAAAAACUCCAGCAUCGCCGACCUGCGACUCAAGGCCAGGAAACAUGCCGAGGCGCUGGGGCUCUGACACUUUCCGCCGUGCUGUGUGCCUGUGUGUGUGGCCAGGACUCCCUCUCCGCUCCCUCUUGCCCUCCGCACCACCCCAACGUGACUCUCUGCAGGCCCCAGGCCUGCGGGGGAACAAGGGUCGCUGGCUUUUGGAAGGCCUGCGAGUACUUUUAAAGACGAUCACGACAGCUCCCUCCUGUCCCUAGUUCCUCUGUUUGGCUUUCCUCUCUCCCCCUGCGCGCUCAAAGCCUGCGCACCCGACCCGGUUCAUCUGAAGACUGAGGGGGCCCAGUUGCCUGUCCUUUUUUAUUUUUCAGGCACCUAGCGCUCCACAGUUAAAACUGCUCCCCCAGAUGCAAUGGUAGGGUGAGACCAUCCCGAAUCAGACUUAAGUCAUCCGAUUAAACACAUACACACACGCACACACACAAAAGCAAAGACUUUCCGGAGGAUAAAGUAGGUGGGGAACAAAAUCUUUAAAUUAUGCUAAUCUGUGAACAGUGGGACAUGUGGAUUUUGACCCUGGCAAAAGUGAUCACAUCAGCGUGAGGUCAUCGGCUGCCGUCAGUUCUGCGACCAUGUGCAUGUGUCUAACUCAACACAUUUUAAAGAUCCUAACAUCUAUUAAAACAAAACAAACAAAAACAUAAAAAAGAUCCUUGGGGCUGGUCUCCAUUAAAGAUGACAUUUCUUUGUUGCCAACAGUAUUAUUUCACUGCCAUGAAUAUCUUCCAUCGCUGAGGAGCUGCUGCUGAAGAACUGGUUUGAAUUUAAAUGUGGAAUUUCAGAUUUGAGGCG